AUGCAGAUUUUCGUCAAGACCCUCACGGGCAAGACUAUCACCCUUGAGGUGGAGUCGUCCGACACCAUCGACAAUGUCAAGUCCAAGAUCCAGGACAAGGAGGGUAUCCCCCCGGACCAGCAGCGCCUGAUCUUCGCUGGCAAGCAGCUUGAGGAUGGCCGCACCCUCUCCGACUACAACAUCCAGAAGGAGAGCACUCUUCACCUCGUCCUCCGCCUCCGUGGUGGUGGUAAGAAGCGCAAGAAGAAGGUCUACACCACCCCCAAGAAGAUCAAGCACAAGCGCAAGAAGACCAAGCUCGCCGUCCUCAAGUACUACAAGGUUGACGGUGACGGCAAGAUUGAGCGCCUGCGUCGCGAGUGCCCCUCGGAUACCUGCGGUGCCGGUAUCUUCAUGGCCGCCAUGCACAACCGCCAGUACUGCGGUCGCUGCCACCUCACCUACGUCUUCGACGACCCCAAGUAA